AUGACAGGGCGCAGCGACAUGGAUCCGCCCGCCGCCUUCUCCGGCUUCCCGGCGCUGCCCUCGCUAGCGCCGUCGGGGCCGCCGCCGUCGCCGCUCGUGGGAGCCGAGCCAGGGCGGGAACCCGAGGAAGUGGUGGCGGCGGGAGGCGGGGAGGCGGACCCCAGCCCCACGCCGGGCCCGGGGAGGCGGCGGCGACGGCCCCUGCAGCGCGGAAAGCCGCCCUACUCAUACAUCGCGCUCAUCGCCAUGGCCCUGGCGCACGCCCCGGGCCGCCGCCUCACCCUGGCCGCCAUCUACCGCUUCAUCACCGAGCGCUUCGCCUUCUACCGCGACAGCCCGCGCAAGUGGCAGAACAGCAUCCGCCACAACCUCACGCUCAACGACUGCUUCGUCAAGGUGCCCCGUGAGCCGGGCAACCCGGGCAAGGGCAACUACUGGACGCUGGACCCCGCGGCCGCAGACAUGUUCGACAACGGCAGCUUUCUGCGGCGCCGUAAGCGCUUCAAGCGCGCCGAGCUGCCCGCGCACGCGGCCGCGCCGCCGGGGCCCCCGCUGCCCUUCCCCUACGCGCCCUACGCGCCCGCGCCCGGGCCCGCGCUGCUCGCGCCGCCGCCCGCCGCCUCAGGCCCCGCGCCGCCCGCGCGCCUCUUCGGCGUGGACAGCUUGGUGAGCCUGCAGCCCGAGCUGGCGGGGCUGGGCGCCCCCGAGCCGCCCUGCUGCGCGGCGCCCGACGCCGCCGCCUUCCCGCCCUGUGCGGCCGCCGCCUCGCCGCAGCUCUACUCGCAGGCUCCAGAACGCCUAGGGCUGCCCCCGACGCGCCCCGGGCCGCUGCCCGCCGAGCCCCUCCUGGCCUUGGCCGGGCAGGCCAGCGUGCUAGGGCCACUCAGCCCCGGGGAGGCCUACCUGCGGCAGCCUGGCUUCACGCCCGGGCUGGAGCGCUACCUGUGA